CGCGCGUGGCGGAGCGCUCCGGACCGCGGGCCGCGCGCAGCCGUUGAGCUGCGGGGCCUCGGCGGAGCCAGCGGAGUGACAAGACAAGACCUUGGCUCUGAAGUCUCUCUGCCAGUCUCUUUGUGUUGCUCUGGCCUGCCCACAUUAUUCCUAUAGCUUUGGUGGCUCUGGAUGGCUGGUGAAGAGAGAUGUUCAACCUAAUGGCCAAUUGCUGCAACUGGUUAAAACGGUGGCGGGAACCUGUCAGGAAGGUGACACUAAUAAUGGUGGGUCUUGAUAAUGCUGGGAAAACUGCUACAGUCCGAGGAAUUCAAGGAGAGUCUCCUGAAGAUGUGGCUCCAACAGUUGGGUUUUCCAAAAUUGAUCUUAAACAGGGACGCUUUGAAGUCACCAUCUUUGAUUUAGGAGGUGGAAAACGAAUUCGGAAUAUCUGGAGGAAUUAUUAUGCUGAGUCCUACGGUGUCAUAUUUGUGGUGGAUUCCAGUGAUGUUGAAAGAAUGGAAGAAACAAAACAAGCCAUGAUAGAAGUUUUAAAAAGCCCUAAGAUAUCAGGAAAACCCGUGUUAGUGCUGGCAAAUAAGCAGGACAGAGAAGGAGCUCUGUCAGAAGCAGAUGUAAUCGAGUCCUUAUCUCUGGAAAGGCUGGUUAAUGAACACAAGUGUCUCUGUCAAAUUGAACCUUGCUCAGCGAUCAUGGGCUGUGGGAAAAAAAUCGAUAAGUCAAUCAAAAAGGGAUUAUUUUGGCUUCUCCAUAUCAUAGCAAAAGAUUUUGAUGCCUUAAAUGAGCGCAUUCAGAGAGACACUACAGAGCAAAAAGCCCUUGAGGAGCAGAAGAAGCUGGAACGAGCUGAGCGAGUUCGGAAGAUACGGGAGGAGAGGGAAAAAGAAGAAGGAAAUGCACCUGAGGAGGAAGACCCUGAACCUGGGAAAUGUGGAAACCCCUUCCAGCCUAUAUCUGCUGUAAUCUCUGAGAAUGAAAAACAGCUGGAAAAGGAAAAGAAGAGACAGAAGUUGGAGACCGAAAAGGCUACGAUGGCCUUGAAAUCAGAAGCAGAGCAGGACCACUUAUCAAGUAGCAGUAGCCAGAACACAAAUGACAGCAGGCUGGAAAGGUGUAACUCUACAACUGCCCAGCUCCUGCAGCAUGCAGAAGAGAGUGACCAACAAGCCUCAGAAUGCCUUGACCCAGAUAACAGUAAGAAAAGAAGUAAAAAACCAAAAUUAAAAAGGGGCCACAGAGUAGAACCUGUUAAUGCAGAGGACUCUCUUCCAAAGAAUCCUACACCACCAGCAGCUCUUCCCCCAGAUUUCUAUGGAAAGCCUCUUCCCCCACUGACGCUACGCCAAAGACCCAACAGUGAUACCCAUGAUGUCAUUGCUUAACUGAACAAAGAGAAUUUUAAAAAACAGAAUUUAAAAAUCCUAUCUUUUUUUUUACCCUUGAUGGAAAAUUUUUUAAAUGACGUUUUAUCAGCAUAUGACAACUAAUCAUGGAGUUCAUCCUGUUGUACUUAGGUGGUCAGACUUUAUCAGUUGCUUUUCACAUCACCAGCUCUUCUUCAGGAUUUAUUUGAUUUCCUUGUGAAAAGACCUGGCUGUAAACCUGAAGAAAAACACCUUCAACAUCCCGUAACACUGGAUUGUACAUUCCCACCGAGAUCUUUCUCCAGGUGCUGUGCAGGUGUUGGUAUUUUUUCAGGGAAUAAAUGAUUCUAAAGCAUUUUGUAAGAUUCCUGUAUGAUAGGGUGAAUAUAGAAAGGUUAAACAAAUACUGAAUAUAUUUUUAUACCUUUUUAUAAAAUGAGUUGAAAGUUUGAGUGGAGCUGUGUAUCUACUACCAAUAAGAUGAUACCUAGGGAGCGUUAGAAAGCUGAUAGUCAAGUGCAUAAAAAUAAAGUAUGUUUGACUCUUACAUUUCUCUUACAGUACCAAUACCUUUUCUUAGGUAUUACAUUACAUGUUUCAUAUUUCUGGCAAUCUGAAGCAGAGGGCAAGAUAAAAAGAUUAAAAUAAAUACAUUUUAUACAAAAUAAUGCUAUUUGAACUGUCUGGAAGUUUUCUUAUCUGUUGUUUUCUUUAUUUUGUUAACUGAGUUUGACAUAGGUAAUAAAUUAUGUGGAAAAAUAGAGUUGAAUACUGUAUUGUCUACUACAACAAAUGAGAAAAUUGCACAUAGUGGGAAAUUUGCACUAACUAAAUCAUCAAUUUUGAUGGGAAACUGAAUCAACCAUUAUGCAGAUGACCUCCCAUAGUUUUUAAUCUCAAUAAUACCAAAAUACCGUCUCGCAAACUAAAGAAACCCCAGGUUUUUAAGGAUUGCUAUAAGACUUUUAUAUAAUGUGUUGAAAAUCACAUACAAGUGAUACCUAAACAACAAAGAUUACAGUUUGUUAUUUUCCUGUUUACAUGUUUUUACUGUUACGUUGGAGACAACCAGUGGUGUAUUUGUGAAGAUACAUUGUUCUGCCACUUAAUGACAGACAGGAUGAAGCCCCCAUUCAGGGUUUGUUGUUUUUUGUUUUUUUUUUUUUUGGAGAAGCAGUAUUUGAUGAUUUUGUGUUGUGCUCUGUUGUCAAUAAUGUGCUUUUACCAAAGGAGUCCAGAUGUUGAAACAAUGUUAUAUGUUGAACACUUUGGUCUUGGAAAUCUUUGCCAUACACCCCUUGCAGCAAAGAGUUGCAUUAACAUCUGCCAUAAUAAAAUGAAAUUUUUAAGAUUUUUAAAAAGGAUAAGGUGGAAUCAGUCUCAAGGAUACCAAGUUUGGAAUCAGUGGAGAGGUUUAUUCCUCUGUUUGCUCCUUUAGAGAAAGGAGGAAACAAUUUCUAUGUGACUACCAGCAUGAGAAUACUUUUGUUGUAUUCUAAUACUUUAACAUGAUUCAGUUGAAUUAUUCUCAGGAUUUGGUCAUUUUCCCUUCAAGACAACACAAUACUAAGUGGAGGGGAGGUUGCAGAAAAAUUUAUAUAUGCAAUCUCAACUUCACUAACACUAGCUCUGUUACCACUUAAGUUUUUGGCUUAAAGGCUCUCCUUUUGCAGACUUACUUUUUUUACAGCUUCAAUUUCUAGAAAUGUGUUACCCUUUUGUUUUCCCUCUUUCCACAAAUAAAGUCAUGGAAGUCUUUACUAAAAAUAAAGCUAAAUACUGCUGUGGUAACAAAAUUUGAGAAACUAAAAUGUUGAUGCUUAUAUAUGAACUGUGUGUUGUGUGUGUGGACACGUAUCAUUUUUGAUUUUUGCUUUUAAAAUAAAUUUUAUCAGUAUGUGACCAAAUUUCUCAAAUG